ACCCAUCACACGGACGUCUCACACACCCAUCUGAGACUCGUCGAUCCUCUCUAUUCGCACCCAUACGCCUCCGCACUAGACCGCAGCAGCCUCUCCGCGUCUGCCAGAACACCUCUUUUCUCUUCGCACCUCUUCUCUCUCUCGCAGCAUGUCGUCUGUGGUCGGAAUCGACGUCGGAUGCGGCACCACCAAGAUCGGUGCCGCACGGGCACGCGGUGUCGACGUGCUCGCAAACGAGAGCUCGCAGCGGUUGACCCCGUCGCUCAUCUCGUUCGGCCAGAAGUCGCGCGCCAUUGGCGAGGGCGCUGCCACCAUGCAGACGUCCAACUUCAAGAACACGAUUGGCAGCCUCAAGCGCAUCCUCGGCCGGACGCUCUCCACCCUCGAGGAGGAGGAGAAGAAGUUCAUCAACGCUGAGCUGGUCGAUGUGCAGGGCGAGGUUGGCGUCAAGGUCCGCUUCGCCAACGAGCCGCAGACGUUCUCGGCCACGCAGCUCAUGGGCAUGUACCUGGGCAAGAUGCGCGACCAGGCGAGCAAGGAGCUCGGCGGCUCGGCCGUCUCGGACGUCGUCAUCUCCGUGCCGCAGUGGUACACGGACGUGCAGCGCCGCGCCAUGCUCGACGCCGCCGCCAUUGCCAACCUCAACCCGCUGCGCCUCAUGAACGACACCACGGCAACGGCGCUCGGCUACGGCAUCACGAAGACGGACCUGCCCGAGGCCGACGCGCCGCGCCACGUCGUCUUCUGCGACUUUGGCCUCUCGAGCUACCAGGUCGCCGUCGUGGCCUUCUCCAAGGGCCAGCUGACGGUGCUGGGCCAGGCCUCGGACCGCCACUUUGGCGGGCGCGACUUUGACCUCGCGCUGCUGCAGCACUUCGCCACCGAGUUCAAGACCAAGUACAAGAUCGACGUCAUGUCCAACCAGAAGGCCAUCUUCCGGCUGGCCGCCGGCUGCGAGCGCCUGAAGAAGGUGCUCUCCGCCAACGCCCUCGCGCCGCUCAACGUCGAGAGCCUGAUGGAGGACAUCGACGCCUCGUCGCAGCUGAAGCGCGAGGAGUUCGAGGAGCUCAUUGCGCCGCUGCUCGAGCGCGUCACGAAGCCGCUCGAGUCGGCGCUCGCGCAGGCCGGCCUCACCAAGGACGACAUCCACUCCGUCGAGGUCGUCGGCGGCAGCUCGCGUGUGCCGGCGCUCAAGGAGCGCGUCGCCGCCUUCUUCGGCAAGACGCUCAGCUUCACGUCGAACCAGGACGAGGCCGUGUGCCGCGGCUGCACGCUGGCCUGCGCCUCGCUCUCGCCCGUGUUCAAGGUGCGCGAGUUCACCGUGCACGACGUCACGGCCUACCCGAUCAAGGUCACCUGGGAGAAGGCGGCCGACGUGCCCGACGAGGACACGGAGCUGGUCGUCUUCCAGCCCAACAACCCGAUUCCCUCGACGAAGAUCAUGACCUUCUACCGCAAGGAGCCGUUUGCGCUCUCGGCGCACUACGCCGAGCCGGACGCGCUGCCCAAGGGCAUCAACCCGUGGCUCGGCGACUUCCAGAUCAAGGGCGUGACGCCCACGGCGCAGGGCGACCACUCGAUCGUCAAGGUCAAGGCGCGUCUCAACCUGCACGGCGUGCUCAACUUUGAGAGCGCCUACGUCGUCGAGGAGGUGGAGAAGGAGGAGGACGUGCCGGUCGACGCGGCCGCCAUGGACACCGACGGCGCGGCGCCCAAGACGGAGAAGCGCAAGGUCAAGAAGGUGCAGCGCAAGAACGACCUGCCCAUCGUCUCGGGCCUCGGCGGCAAGGAGGCAAGCCUGCUGGCCGAGCUCAAGGAGAAGGAGGGCCAGAUGUACGCCAGCGACAAGCUGGUGCUCGACACCGAGGACCGCAAGAACGCGCUCGAGGAGUUCAUCUACGACCAGCGCUCGCGCCUCGAUGAGCGCUACAAGGCGUUCGUCAAGGCCGACGAGAAGGAGAAGUACCUCGCGGCGCUCAACGAGCAGGAGGAGUGGCUCUACUCCGAGGAGGGCGAGGACGCGCUGAAGAGCGCCUACGUCGAGCACCUUGACGCGCUCAAGAAGAUUGGCGACCCGAUCGCGUUCCGCUGGAGCGAGAACGAGGAGCGGCCCAAGGCUGCCUCGGCACUGCGCGAGACGAUCAACACGUACAUGACGCAGGCCACGGGCGGCGACGAGAAGUACGAGCACAUCAGCGAGGCCGACAAGCAGAAGGUUGUCGACAAGUGCGCCAACGCCGACAAGUGGCUCGGCGACAUGCUCUUCAAGCAGUCCGAGCUGCCGAAGAACGAGAACCCCAAGAUCACGACGGCCGCCAUCCAGAAGCAGCGCGACGACGUCAUCUACACCUGCGUGCCGAUCAUGUCGCAGCGGAAGCCCACGACGACGACGCAGGCCCCGCCGCCGCCGGCCAAGGAGGAGCCCAAGGCCGAGGAGGCGCCCAAGCAGGAGGAGAUGGACAUCGACGAGUAAAAGGCGGACGCCUAGCCUUCUCGCUUCCCUCUUCCCCCGUGCACCCGCUGUGUCUAGACUCUUGUCUCCCCAUCCCCAUUCCGUGUACCGUAGACUUGAGCCCGCAUUACAGCUCUACAGCGCGACCGUGCCCUGUGUGAUCUGCUCGACAGCGCGACUGUGCCCUGCGCGACCUGCCCUGCCCGCGCCUCCACGUCGCUGCACGCCAAACUGCCACGAGCGGGUCAUGUCGGUGUUGCUGCUGGAGCGGAAGAGUGUACAUGGGGCAACAU